CUCGCUCACGCUCAAGCUCAUGCUCAGCUCGCGCUCAGCUCAUGCUCAAGCUCAUGCUCAGCUCACGCUCAAGCUCAUGCUCAAGCUCAUGCUCAGCUCACGCUAAGCUCAUGCUCAAGUCAUGCUCAGCUCAUGCUCAAGUUCAUGCUCAAGCUCAUGCUCAGCUCACGCUCAGCUCAUGCUCAAGCUCGCGCUCAGCUCACGCUCAUGCCCACUCUUUACAUUUUUGCGACAUGAUUAUAUUUCUUACACUUUACAUUUUUUUUUUGUCCUAAAUUUAGGUCUCAAGAAGCGAAAAAUAACUAAACAUCCUUGUUACUCUCUAAGUAAUUCUGUGUUCGUAGGAGUCCAAUUAACCGGCAAAAGCAGUCAAGAAAUAGAAGAUGUCAUUUCAACCAAAUUUUCAGUAGAUGUAUCUCACGUCCUCAAGACUCUAGAUUAUUCGUAUGGAAAUGCACAAUAAUUUUCUAUGUACCAACGUGUUCGAGGGCAAGGAUUAACCUUUCCUGAUGGAAUAACAAUUAGUAUUUUACCUCUGGAAGCAAUGUAUAUACGGUAUAGAAAGUUAAAAACGAAACAUCAAUUUUACAUCAAGAAAAUGGCUCUGUUACCACCCCUACAAAAGGAACUCUUUUAAAACAAAUGAAUUUCUUUUGGAACUUUUUAUGGCAAUGAUAAAUGGCGAGUUACAGAAAUGAUAUCAAAUUUAUUGUACAUCAAAAAAAAAAAAAAUUUUGUCCACCUUGCAACUGUUGGCACUUUUUAAUAAAAGAAAUAAUUUAGCAUUUGUUUUA